UGUACUGAAACUGUAAGUAAGUGCAAAAAAAUGGAUCCUAAAAUCUUUUUUGUAAAAUUUGAAAACAGCGAUGUUAAGGGCACACCUGAAGGUGACCACCAGGAUGAGGGAAAAACACAAAAGAACAGAGGAAGUUGGUGUUUGGUGUUAUUGACAGUGUGUCUUGGGCUCAUUUGUGCUUUUCUACUUGCCUACAUCAUACUGCAGCACACCAAAGGCACAGGAGAGAGAGACCUGGUAAAGAGCUACUCGAACACAGUUAAAGAGUUCAAUCAGACUAUCAACGGCUUAAAGAAGAACAACACUAAAUUAACGAUUGAAAAAGUCCAACUGCAGAACAACUUCAACUCUUUGAGUCAGAAGAAGCUGCAGCUGGAGACCCGAGUCAAUAGCCUCACUGCUGAGAAAAGCCAGUUACAGAGAAGCGUUGACUCUUUGGGUCAGAAGAAACGGGAGCUGGAAACCAGAGUCAACAGCCUCACUGGUGAGAAAAACCAGUUACAGACCAGUUUUAACUCUUUGAGUCAGAAGAAACUGGAGCUGGAGACCAGAGUCAAUAGCCUCACUGCUGAGAAAAGCCAGUUACAGAGAAGCGUUGACUCGUUGGGUCAGAAGAAACUGGAGCUGGAGACCAGAGUCAACAGCCUCACUGGUGAGAAAAAACAGUUACAGACCAGUUUAAACUCUUUGAGUCAGAAGAAACUGGAGCUGGAGACCCGAGUCAAUAGCCUCACUGGUGAGAAAAGCCAGUUACAGAGAAGCGUUGACUCUUUGGGUCAGAAGAAACUGGAGCUGGAGAUCAGAGUCAAUAAUCUCAUUGCUGAAAAAAGCCAGUUGCAGACCAGUUUAAACUCUUCGAGUCAGAAGAACCUGGAGCUGGUGACCAGAGUCAAUAGCCUCACUGCUGAGAAAAGCCAGUUACAGAGAAGCGUUAACUCUUUGGGUCAGAUGAAACUGGCGCUGGAAACCAGAGUCAACAGACUCACUGGUGAGAAAAAACAGUUACAGACCAGUUUAAACUCUUUGGGUCAGAUGAAACUGGCGCUGGAAACCAGAGUCAACAGACUCACUGGUGAGAAAAAACAGUUACAGACCAGUUUAAACUCGUUGAGUCAGAAGAAACUGGAGCUGGAGACCAGAGUCAAUAAUCUCACUGCUGAAAAAAGCCAGUUACAGACCAGUUUAAACUCUUCGAGUCAGAAGAACCUGGAGCUGAUGACCAGAGUCAAUAGCCUCACUGCUGAGAAAAGCCCGUUACAGAGAAGCAUUGACUCUUUGGGUCAGAUGAAACUGGCGCUGGAAACCAGAGUGAACAGCCUCACUGGUGAGAAAAACCAGUUACAGACCAGUUUAAACUCUUUGAGCCAGGUUAAACUGAACCUGGAAACCAGAGUCAAUAGUCUCACUGCUGAAAAAAGCCAGUUACAGAACAGUUUUAACUCUUUGAGCCAGAUUAAACUGAACCUGGAGACCAGAGUCAAUAGUCUCACUGCUGAAAAAAAACAGUUACAGACCAGUUUAAACUCUUUGAGCCAGAUUAAACUGAACCUGGAAACCAGAGUCAAUAGUCUCACUGCUGAAAAAAGCCAGUUACAGACCAGUUUUAACUCUUUGAGCCAGAUUAAACUGAACCUGGAGACCAGAGUCAAUAGUCUCACUGCUGAAAAAAGCCAGUUACAGAACAGCUUUAACUCUUUGAGCCAGAUUAAACUGAACCUGGAGACCAGAGUCAAUAGUCUCACUGCUGAAAAAAACCAGUUACAGAACGGUUUCAACUCUCUGAAUCAGCAGAAACUGGGUUUGGAAGUCAAAGUCAAAUCUCUGACUGAUGAACUACAGAAAGUUAAUGAUAGAGGAAAUCGGUUGGGUUGGUUUUUCAUAACCCCUCCGUUGAACUGGUUUAACAGCAGGCAGUACUGCAGGGAUCGUGGUGGUGAUCUGGUCAUUAUCAAAACUGAAGCGAAGCAGAGGUUCAUAACCUCAAUAGUCAGGGAUAAUGUGUGGAUUGGUUUGAAUGACAUACAGCAGGAGGGCCGUAUGAAAUGGGUGGAUAAUUCACCACUUAGUCAAAGGUUUUGGUACUCACGUGAGCCGAAUAACUUGCGUGAUGAGGAUUGUGUUGAACUGUAUUAUUCAGUUCCUCUCCACAACUGGAAUGAUCUCCAAUGCGCCACCCUCAGAAAAGGGGUCUCACCGGAGUCGACCAGAGCGGUCCCGGACACUGAGGUUGUAGACCAUCGAAGGAGGACAGGCAUAGUGGUGCAGGACUUGGACGGAGGGAUCCUAGAAACAGCGCUCGCCAGUAACCCUCCGCCUACUGACGAGCUCUGGCUUUUACUGGACAGUCUGAGACAAAGUGUCCAGCGGCAGCACAACCACAGAUCAUCUGUGAAGACACAUUGUACUGAAACUGUAAGUAAGUGCAAAAAAAUGGAUCCUAAAAUCUUUUUUGUAAAAUUUGAAAACAGCGAUGUUAAGGGCACACCUGAAGGUGACCACCAGGAUGAGGGAAAAACACAAAAGAACAGAGGAAGUUGGUGUUUGGUGUUAUUGACAGUGUGUCUUGGGCUCAUUUGUGCUUUUCUACUUGCCUACAUCAUACUGCAGCACAUCAAAGGCACAGGAGAGAGAGACCUGGUAAAGAGCUACUCGAACACAGUUAAAGAGUUCAAUCAGACUAUCAACGGCUUAAAGAAGAACAACACUAAAUUAACGAUUGAAAAAGUCCAACUGCAGAACAACUUCAACUCUUUGAGUCAGAAGAAACUGCAGCUGGAGACCCGAGUCAAUAGCCUCACUGCUGAGAAAAGCCAGUUACAGAAAAGCGUUGACUCUUUGGGUCAGAAGAAACGGGAGCUGGAAACCAGAGUCAACAGCCUCACUGGUGAGAAAAACCAGUUACAGACCAGUUUUAACUCUUUGAGUCAGAAGAAACUGGAGCUGGAGACCAGAGUCAAUAGCCUCACUGCUGAGAAAAGCCAGUUACAGAGAAGCGUUGACUCCUUGGGUCAGAAGAAACUGGAACUGGAGACCAGAGUCAACAGCCUCACUGGUGAGAAAAACCAGUUACAGACCAGUUUAAACUCUUUGAGUCAGAAGAAACUGGAGCUGGAGACCCGAGUCAAUAGUCUCACUGCUGAGAAAAGCCAGUUACAGAGAAGCGUUGACUCUUUGGGUCAGAAGAAACUGGAGCUGGAGAUCAGAGUCAAUAAUCUCAUUGCUGAAAAAAGCCAGUUGCAGACCAGUUUAAACUCUUCGAGUCAGAAGAACCUGGAGCUGGUGACCAGAGUCAAUAGCCUCACUGCUGAGAAAAGCCAGUUACAGAGAAGCGUUAACUCUUUGGGUCAGAUGAAACUGGCGCUGGAAACCAGAGUCAACAGCCUCACUGGUGAGAAAAAACAGUUACAGACCAGUUUAAAAUCUUUGGGUCAGAUGAAACUGGCGCUGGAAACCAGAGUCAACAGACUCACUGGUGAGAAAAAACAGUUACAGACCAGUUUAAACUCUUUGAGUCAGAAGAAACUGGAGCUGGAGACCAGAGUCAAUAAUCUCACUGCUGAAAAAAGCCAGUUACAGACCAGUUUAAACUCUUCGAGUCAGAAGAACCUGGAGCUGAUGACCAGAGUCAAUAGCCUCACUGCUGAGAAAAGCCAGUUACAGAGAAGCAUUGACUCUUUGGGUCAGAUGAAACUGGCGCUGGAAACCAGAGUGAACAGCCUCACUGGUGAGAAAAACCAGUUACAGACCAGUUUAAACUCUUUGAGCCAGAUUAAACUGAACCUGGAAACCAGAGUCAAUAGUCUCACUGCUGAAAAAAGCCAGUUACAGACCAGUUUAAACUCUUCGAGUCAGAAGAACCUGGAGCUGAUGACCAGAGUCAAUAGCCUCACUGCUGAGAAAAGCCAGUUACAGAGAAGCAUUGACUCUUUGGGUCAGAUGAAACUGGCGCUGGAAACCAGAGUCAACAGCCUCACUGGUGAGAAAAACCAGUUACAGACCAGUUUAAACUCUUUGAGCCAGAUUAAACUGAACCUGGAAACCAGAGUCAAUAGUCUCACUGCUGAAAAAAGCCAGUUACAGAACAGUUUUAAAACUUUGAGCCAGAUUAAACUGAACCUGGAGACCAGAGUCAAUAGUCUCACUGCUGAAAAAAACCAGUUACAGAACAGUUUCAACUCUCUGAAUCAGCAGAAACUGGGUUUGGAAGUCAACGUCAAAUCUCUGACUGAUGAACUACAGAAAGUUAAUGAUAGAGGAAAUCGGUUGGGUUGGUUUUUCAUAACCCCUCCGUUGAACUGGUUUAACAGCAGGCAGUACUGCAGGGAUCGUGGUGGUGAUCUGGUCAUUAUCAAAACUGAAGCGAAGCAGAGGUUCAUAACCUCAAUAGUCAGGGAUAAUGUGUGGAUUGGUUUGAAUGACAUACAGCAGGAGGGCAAAAUGAAAUGGGUGGAUAAUUCACCACUUAGUCAAAGGUUUUGGUACUCACGUGAGCCGAAUAACUUGCGUGAUGAGGAUUGUGUUGAACUGUAUUAUUCAGUUCCUCUCCACAACUGGAAUGAUCUCCAAUGCGCCACCCUCAGAAAAGGGGUCUGUGAGAAAUAGGGUUCAUCCUGGUUUGUGCUUUUGUUUGUUUUAUUUUAUGGAAUCAUUCAUACUGUGUUCCCAUUGAGAUUCCUGCCUUUUAAAACAGCCUGCUACUUUCAUUUGAGAUGCACUGCUUUCAUGAUAUCAAUUUUGUUUUAUAAUUUUUCUGUAAUGUACAAAAUAAAGAAUGCAAAGUCAUUAUUUUAUCAUUGCUUUAUUAAACUCACAACAUUCUGUUUCUCAUGGGGUGAAUUAUUAAUUACUUCGUAAUUACUCAGUAGUUACAUUCAAAUCAAGACUCAAAACACAUCUUUUUAGCUUUUAUAUUUUAUUCUAAACUGUUUUAAUUCUUCUUAUUUGUUUUGAUUAUUUUAGUUUCUUCUAUGUAAACCACUCUGAAUUACCAUUGUGUAUGAAAUGUGCUAUAUAAAUAAACUUGUCUUGUCUACUUAUU